CUGAAUAAAAACGUUGUGUGACGGGGUAGCUACUGAACGCAUCCCGCCCAGCCAGUUAUAUAAUUUAACCAUGCUCGGUAAAGUGCCUAACUAAAAGCAAGGUCUCGGCGAGGAAGCAUAUCUUUGAGAGAAUCAUCAUGGCAGUGGAUGUCCCUGGACUGGUCUCUGUGGUAGUUUUUUAUGUUUGCGUCCUGGCAAUUGGAGUGUGGGGGUCUCAAAAAUCCAAGAAAGUGGAGAAAGAAUGCACUGGCCCAAAGAGCGAAAUUUCCAUCAUUGGCGGCCGCAACAUCCGCAUCCUGGUUGGGAUUUUUACGAUGACAGCAACAUGGGUCGGUGGAGGUUACAUUAUGGGAACUGCUGAGUCUGUUUAUUCUCCCACUCAAGGCCUUGUCUGGGCUCUGGGCCCCCCUUCUUAUGCUAUAUGUUUUUUUGUGGGUGGACUAUUCUUUGCAAAACCUAUGAGGUCAAAGCGUUAUGUGACAAUGUUGGACCCGUUUCAGAAUCGCUAUGGCAAAGUAUUCACUGUGACCCUCCUGCUUCCUGCCUUGGUCAGCGACAUAUUAUGGGUUGCCUGCAUCCUUGCUGCUCUUGGUGGAACAAUGAGCAUAAUUCUUGGGUUGUCUUCUACCAUCUCCAUCAUCAUCUCAGCAGCUGUCUCCAUUGUCUACACAUUUCUAGGGGGCCUCUACUCAGUUGCAUACACUGAUAUUAUCCAGCUUUGUUUUAUUUUUAUAAGCCUGUGGCUCUGUGUUCCAUUUAUGAUACUAAGUCCAGCAGUUACUGCUAUCUCACAAACACUCCCACUCAACCAGUCAUAUGAACAUGCAUGGGUCGGACACCUGGAGCUGGCGGACGCAGGAAAGUGGGUCGAUGAGAUGCUGCUGCUGGCUUUAGGUGGACUGUCAUAUCAAGCUCUGUACCAAAGGAUUCUCUCUGCAGCCUCCUCUGCUCAGGCUCAGAUCACCUGUUUUGCUGCUGCUGGGACAGUUUUUAUCAUGGGAAUCCCCUCAGUUGUCAUUGGAGUCAUGGCUGCUGCUGCAGACUGGAACCAGACUACGUACGGUCUUCCCACUCCUUUUGAACGUGGAGAUGCAGGGAAGAUCCUGCCUCUUGCUCUCCAACACCUCACACCCACUUGGGUGGCAGUGUUAGGCAUUGGUUCUGUGGCUGCAGCUGUUAUGUCCUCCAUGGACUCAGCACUGCUGUCCUCAGCAUCCAUGUUUACACAAAACAUAUACAAGACAACAUUGAGGAAAAAGGCCUCAGAAAGGGAGCUGCAGUGGGUGAUCCGUAUCAGUGUGUUGCUCGUUGGUCUGGCUGGAACAAGCCUGGCUUUUGGGGACGACAGCGUGGCCGCUCUUUGGAUUCUAAGCGGAGACCUCCUCUACUGCAUAAUUUUCCCACAGCUGGUCUGUGUUCUGCACUUUCAACGUGCGAACACCUAUGGUGCUAUUUGCGGCUUCGUGGUGGGUUUGUUGCUGCGGGGACUGAGUGGGGAGCCCGUAUUGGGGAUCCCUCCUCUGCUCCUGUACCCUUGUUGUAGGGAAGAGAAUGAACAGAUCAGACAAUGCUUUCCUUACAGAACUGUUGCUAUGCUGUCUUCUUUGAUAAGUAUUAUGGCAGUAUCAUGGCUGCUGGACUUGAUCUUUCAUCGCCAACUUAUCCCUGAGUCCUGGGAUUUUCUGCACGUUUUUAAAAAGAAGAAUAAGGUAGAUGAUGAUGAAAUACCUGACCCUUGUGAGGAAAUUAACCAAGUUUUCAAUACUAAAUUCUGAGCUAAAUAACAGUGCGACCCAAGGAGUAAGCCUAAACUGCACAGUUUGUGGUCAGAAGUUGGUUUUGUGAUUUGUCAAGGUAGCUGCGUCACUGUGAUAACUUUUUUUUUGAUGAAAACGGUAUUGCAGUCAUUUAAAGACUAGAUGGUUCCAAUUUCUUGUUUACUGGUGUGCCCCAACCAUGGGAUGAAACAUGGACUGAACUGUGCGCAAACAGAGACUGGUAAAAACUCUGAAUCAUUACAUGCACCUCAUUAACCUAUCUUUACUACAGCCCAGGAGGAAGGCCUGACGAACACCUGAAUGUCUUUGUAACUCACUGGCAAGUAAGACUAAUACAUCAAAGAUUUCUUGGAUCCAAAGUUGAUUACAAUCUGAUGCUAGUGUAUCUGUCGAUCGAAGAACAACCAAAAGUUAAGUUAUGAUCUUGCUGAAUAUGUUGAUUCAGCAAGUCAUGGGGGUAAUUAAUACAAGCUGCCUUAAACCUUCCUUUUUACACUACCCUGAGAGAGGACAGCCUACGAACCACAAGCAUCGCAUGCCUUCCCCUUUGCCGGUCUGGGGAGUGGAAUCUACCCCAAGCUACUACCGAAACCAUUUUUCUUUGUUGAUCACCUUCGCCAUCUUUUCCCCUCCUGUUCAUUCAGUUUAAUUAAAUUAAAUUCAGUAUUAUUUAUAUAGCACCACUUCACAACACAAUGCUAAAGGCACUUUACAAAGUCAGUACAAUUGAAUCAUACAGAUUUUAAUUCAGGUACAUACAUUCCAAUUACCAUUCAUCAGAAUGGUUCACAUUAGAGGUGGGGUCUGGGCAGAAAAAAUUAGUUUAGGAUAAAACAACCUAAAUGUUGUUUAUUACAUGGUGUUUUGCUUUUUUUGUGGUGCUAAAAGCUAAACCAUUCAAGCAGGUUACCUACUGAACUAAUGCAAAUAGGCCUCUAUGCCUUGAAGCUAGUUUAUUUGUUCUGAGUUGUGUUUUAAAGUUACACCAAACGUUAUUUCAAUGCGGUUUAAACACAGAUCGGCCAAAACGCACCGCCAAACUAAUAGUUGUAUUAAUGGUAGUUUUAGGUGCAUGUGUGACUUUAAGGAGUGGUGAAUAAGCUACAAGCUUUCCUUUGUUAGCUAAAACCGCUAACUGCUAAUGCUAGCGCCAAGAAGGUCAAAUAUUUAUAUCUAGCUCACUGCCAUUUUGUGAGAGUUCAUACAUUUUCCUCUCGGUCAUUAUAGAACGCCAUGACUCCAUGUGAUGGCUAGUUAACAACAUAAAAAUCAAUUGUCUAAAAGAUUACUGAUUUCUAAUUUGAAAAAUAAUAUUUACUCAAAUAUUAUUUUACUAAAAUAAUAGUGGCUAAUUAAAACAUCAUUAAUAAUCAAUUGUCCAAAAAAGCUAUUGAUUUCUAAUUCAGCAAGUCAUUCUUUAAAAUAUUAUCUUAUUAAAAUAAUGUUUUACUUACCCUUCUGAUCUCCAUUGUAACUGGUUCUUUGAACACAUACCAGUUGUUCCUAAAUUAGUUUUAAAACUAAUUUGACCCAAUUUCCAUAUUCUUCCAAAAUAAAUAUGGGUUUUCAAACAUAAAUAUCCACACUGAACUGUGAUAUCAUUGCAUCAUUUUUAGUGGUCCACUUUUUCUUUUUUGUAUAUGAUUUAUUAGUUUCUUUAUUCUUUCAGGUGUGCUUGGUAGUUUUAGGUCAAUUUUACUAGCCUAGUUAAAGAGUUAUUGACUGCAUAUGUUUAACUUGGAGUUGAAUUAUUUUGUUAAUAAAUUCUUAUACUUUGUAGAGAAGUUGUUGUGAAUUUACUCCAUAUGUGUGAGCUUGCUGUUUUGAAAAUGUCAGUGCUCAAAUCACUCUUUCAUUUAUUGUUCCAAAACCCCCGCUUUCUUGGGUUGGUAUUCAGAGGACAAUAUUUGACAGACUGACAGUUGUGUGGUUAAAUAUUAAAUAACCAAACUUAAAUAUAUUUUUGCACAACGCUACGAUGCAUGGCAAAAGUAUUUAUACCCUUGAAUUUGUUUCAUAUUUUUGCAACUUACAGUCACAAGCUUCAAUAUAUGGUUUAGGAGAUAGUACAUAAUUGUGAAUUAAAAAGAAAGGAUAGAAUGUUUACAUUUUUAAAUGAAAUAAAAAUAAAGGUGUAACAUA